AUGGAAUCGCGGGGCCUCGUUAGACGCCGUGCGCGAGAUGACAACGUCCUGGCCGCUCGUCAGCGGGCCCGUUCAUCCACUGCUCGUCAUUUGGAUCGUCUCAGAUCUGGCCAAGUGGGUGGUGGUGUCGCUUCACCCAAUAACUCCGAGAUGGGCUCGAUUGGUGUCAUACAAGAUCGGAACCGCCAGUCUCGGAAGAAGGCCGCAGCGUCGAGUGGCAGCGGCCUCGUACCAUGA